UUAAUUCUGCAUUUUAUGCUUUUCUAGGUCUCCAGAGAGAGCCCAGUCCUUGUCCUGUAAUAACUGUAGAGCACUUUAAAGAAUCGACUGGUAUUAAAGGCCUACCCCUGUAUCCAGACCCCUCCAGAAUACCUGGCACGAAGACUCAGAACAAUUUAGAAUCCGACUAUUUGGCCAGAGAUGGCCCUUCAAGCAACAGCUCAUUCCACAGCAGUGAAGAGGAAGGGACUGACCUUGAGGGAGACAUGCUAGACUGCAGUGGGUCUCGACCUCUCCUUUUGGAGUCUGAAGAAGAGGAUGAGAGCUGCAAGCCCCCCCAGGGGAAGCUGGGAGGAACUGUUCCAUCUGCUCUGCCUGAAGUCUCUACUGAGCAAGCAAAGGCAUUGCAAGGUAGAAGAAAGAACCAGUUCCAAGCCCUCACACAACCAGCUGCUGAUGGGCUUGGUGAGCCAGAUGUUUUUGCCACAGCCCCCUUCAGGAGCUCAAGGGUUCCAGCUAAUGACAUGGACAUUUUCUCCAAAGCUCCAUUUGUCUCCAAGGGCAAUGUGGCUCCUUCCCAACCAGAGGAGGCAGACGUGUUCUUGAGAGCUCCUUUUACUAAGAAGAAAAGCAUGGAGGAGUUAACAGUUGUCCAGAGUACCUCCCAGGAGUUGCCUGCUCAGGCCAGUCUCCUAGGUCAGACGGGUGAUGUCCCUCUGCUCUCAGGCCUUGAUAGAGCAGUGUACACCUCUGUCCGAGCUCAGUAUUCCAUGGUUGGUUUUGUGCAACAGUCUAACUUCCCUUCCCCUUCUGUACAAAUGGCAGACCAUCUUGACAGCAUCUCUCCCAGGGGUUCCUCCCUGGAAUCUGGGGGCCAUCCUAGUGACAGAAACAAAGGACCUCCGCCCCAGAAAGAAGCUGUCUCAGGCCCCAUGACUGGCAAACCAUUCCGCCCCCAAUCCUUAUCCAAAUAUUCCCGUCACUAUAGCCCAGAAGAUGAGCCAAGUCCAGAAGCCCAGCCCAUUGCUGCCUACAAGAUUGUUUCACAAACCAACAAGCAGUCAAUAGCUGGCUCUGUUUCCAUCACAUCCCUUUCCUCCAGGACUGCAGAGCUGCCACCUGCUGAUCCUUUUGCUUUGGCACCCUUUCCUUCAAAAUCAGGCAAGCAGAAACCUUAGGAGCAAUACCUAAGCCUUAGGCCUCUGUCUCCACCCCACCCCCAAUACCCACCACACCCCACUCCCUGCAGAGCCUUCCCAAGAAGAAAUAUUAUCAAUUAUUACCUUUCAGUUCCCUGCAUCAGAGCUGAAUUAUUUCAUUCAACAAACUCAGUUGUAGUGAUAUUUAGUUGAAUCCCCUUUAAGUUAUGCUCAUUUUUGUUGUUGUUAAUGUUGAUUUCUGGACUUUCACGCAUUUCCAUUUCCUUCAUAGAGGCCUUCCACCUACACCCAGAACUCUGCUUUUUUUUUUUUUUUCUGAGAAACUGUUUUAAACCCAAGAAUAGUUUACCCCAAUCCCAGAGGGGCUGUAUUAUUGCUAGUUUUAAUUCCUGCUGCUCCAUUUCUGAGUCAUGUCCAUUGAAGAAUCAAGAUAGUCCCUCUAGGACUUGGCUUAAUACUCUUGAAAAGGGGAAAGAGCAAGAUAAAAGUCCUGCACAUCAAGAAAUAUAAUCCUGCAGCUACAAACCAUUCCUGUAGAACCAGCAGCUCUACGAGGAUUCUCUGGAUCUGUUUCUGAGUCUGUGCAAGCCAGGCUGGCCCUCAUGCAUGCAUGUCUGUGGGUGUGUAAUGUGCAUCAGAUCCUUUCCUGUGUAGAUGUGAACACAGAUGGGAUAACUGCUCAUGUCUAAUUGUGUUGGCAGGGCCUUCCCCACAUCCAUGCUUUUUAAAUUAGUACAAGUGCACAGGUAUGUGUGUGCAUGCACAGGAAGCAUUUUUCUUUUAGGUAAAUCCUGUCCCAUCAUGCCCACUCCAUAAUCAAAUCGCUCAUUUACUGGUGUUUAUCUGCUGACCUAACUGACUUGAGUCCUGUUUGUUUUUUUGUUUUGUUUCAGCUUUUUUCUCAUGGCAAAAUUGAAUUCAUUGCAAGGUGUAGGGAAAUACUACUUAAACAGGUUUCAGAGUAGAUUUUUUUUCCUCCAAAAUUUGCUUUUUGCUAUUAACAAAUUCCUUUUACCUGGUUGUGAAAAAUUGUUUUUAUACAUUUUCACUUCACAACAAGAGAAAAGAGCCCCUCGUUUCAGUUCCAACCACUGGAUAUAUGGACUCAAUGCCAUCAUUAUAGAACCCAUUAAUCAUGAGACUAGGCUACAGACUACGUUUGCUUGCUUUUUGUUUUUUCCCUAGAUCUUCGUCAUCUCUCUCUAUUGCCAGUUGAGGAAAUAUAAAUCUGAGACAUGUAAAUGAGUUUGUCUAGGAGAAAGGAAAAGAGCUGAAUCAGCUAGCCAUGAAAACCCUUAAAUUCUGUAUCCUCUUUAGAUGUUGAAGUAGGCCAGACAGGUGACUGACUUGCAUUUUUGAAAAUGUCUUUUAUUUCUGGAAAGAUCUGACUCAUUCCCAGCUUUUUUCAUAUGCUUUAUUAUUAGUGCCUUAAAAUAACUAAAUAAAAUAAACCCUGCAUCUUAAUGGGGAGAUUUCUCCUGAGGAAGUCCAACUUAAUAGAAAGUUGCUGCAUCAAGUUUCAAUUUGAAAUCUUCCUGUGACUUCUAGUAAAAGUUAGUGAUUUCUCCAUUAGCUGGAGAAGUUCAGAGAGUUAUUUACCAAACCUGAUUAAUGAUUUAAGAAUUAUUUGAAAUUCUUCCAAGAAUAAAGCCUAAAUGUCAAGCUCUACUGCUGUUGAUUAGGUGUGAUAUUCUUUAAAUUUAAAGUUAGAGAACUUAGUAGUAAAAUAUGAAGAGCUACUUUUCAACAAUUUCUCAUUUUUCUUUUUUCUUUUUUUUUUUGGUUAGCCUCUACCUAUUUCAGAUGUCCAGGUUAAAAAAUAGCUUAAAUAAUUGGCACUGUGUCAGGACUACUAGCAGUAGUUGCCAACUGAGGUCUCAACUGUGCCAGAAACCUAUGUCUUUCACUUUGGUGGAUGCUAAAUGUUCAUUCUAAGGAUUUGCAUUCUCCCAGUUAUCAUUUCUGAUUUUUCUGUGCAACAGUGGAUGCAAAAUCAUCUUUCCAGAUGAAUAAUAGUUUUGGCUAAUGCACAUGGAUCUUUGCACCCUAAACUCUAUCCAUGGUCAUUAUCAAGUGAAGCCUUCAAAGGAAUGAGCUAAGAGGCUAAGUAGUAUUCAGGGAGAAUUUUCACCCCAGGUUAGAAACUCUUAAAAGUGGGAGGUCAUUGUGCUUCACUUUUUCAAAUAUAGGUUGAGCAUUCCUAAUUUGAAAAUCCAAAAUCCUAAAUGCUCCAAAAUCUGAAACUUUCUGAGCACAGACAUGAUGCUGAACUGUAUUAAGGAUGCUCAACUGAUAAUGUAUUCUGCAAAUAUUCCAAAAUCUGAAAAAAUCUGAAAUCUGAAAUACUUCUGGUCCCAAGCAUUUCAGAAAAGGAAUACUCAACUGUAUUCAGGAUUACCUCUAUAACAGCCCUGAAAGAUAUUUUUCCCUUGGGUUUGAUCACUCCCUCCUAAUCAAGAGACCAUUUUAAUUCUCAAGGUACAAAUCAGAAUAAAAUCAUUUUAAGCAGUUGAAUAAUUUGUCAAACAUGGGCUUGUAACCCUCUUUUUUUUCUCUCUGGAGACCUAUGAUGAGUGGAGACUCUGCAUACCUUCUUCGAAUAGGAAAAUGAAUGUAAAAACAUGCAAAUUACUUUUGUUUUUAUCUUAUUCAGUGAUGCAUGAAAAAAAUUUGAUUUGUGUAUUAAUUGUUAGCUAAUAACUGGUGAAUUCUACCGACUUGUACUAUAGUAGGGUUUUAUUUCCUGUCUAAUGGUGUUCUUUGGAUCAUGUUGGGUAAAUGUAUUAUUUAAAGAUAAAAUAUUCUUGCCAGAGAUCAUCCUGAAUCUGGAAACCUGGAAAAUUUUGUUUUAAGGAGAAUCACGAGUGCUUGGGGUGCUAUGAAUUAGUAGAAAUGCAUGUUUCCAACAACUAUAUUGCAACAGGUUAACAUAAAAGAGAAAAAGAAAAUAUAUAGUCAACAAAA